AUCGCGCGGCUAGGCCUGUCACGUGCAUUGUCAUGUGACACCAGGAAGAAGGAGUCACAACAGUGUGAGGAUCUUCACUGUUGCUGUGCAGAAACAAACAGACAAUAAUGACUUCAGUUAUUAAAGAAACACAAAGCAUAAAAGAAGCGGUGACUUAUAUCAACGGGAUUGAUCUGAACAAGUUCUCCAGGCUGAUCUCUCGCAUCAUACAAAAGCUGCAUUUGAAGGGAGAGCGGACAUUCAGCGAAGAGGAGGAGGAGAAACUCCAGUCUGCUCUCUCACUGGAUAAACAUGCUCUCAAUCUAGUCUUGGAAACUUCUGCCUUUAUACUCGAACAGGCAGUAUAUCAUAAUGUAAAGCCGGCCUCUUUGCAACAGCAGCUGGAGGUUAUUCAUCUAACCCCAGAGAAGGCUGAGGUGUUCUCACAAACCUGGGCCACUGCCGGACCCGACCUCGUCGAGAAGCUAAAGCGCAGCAUCUUUGCCCCCAAGAAGCUUGACUACGUCGGCUGGCAGCUCAACCUGCAGAUGGCCCAGUCCAGCCAAGCCAAACUCAAGUCUCCCAGUGCCGUCCUCCAACUGGGGCUCCAAACCGAAGACUCACAGGUUCAGGAAAAUGUCUUUGUUGAGUUUAACCACCAGGAACUGCUUGAGUUCUACAACAAGCUGGAAGUCGUGCAAGGACAGUUGGAUUCCCUUACUUGAUGCGCGGUGCUCUUCGUGCAACCACACACCCUCUGUAUUGUUAGUGUUUAUGCUGCCAGCUGUGCCAGCUGUUACAGGCCUAGCAGUUCCAUUCUUGCUGUGAUUUUUCAGCAUUUAUUCCCGUUUUGACCUCAUUUUAAUCCAGUUUUGUGCUCAUCUCUUAAUUUCACUGCAAUGCAUUUGUUUGGAUUACUUUGUAUGAAAUGACCCUCUACUUUGUUAAUACAGUCUGUAUUUAAACACAAUUAUUUGUACCAUUUUUGGAGACCAAUAACUUAACGUCUGAUUUCCUUUCACGUUGCUUUUAUGUGACAUGCGGAUGAUAAAACUGUGUCACUAAAACUGUAUUUGUAACUUGAGAAUGAACGACAUGCCAUUCGAAUAAAAUCUGAGGUGAAAUUCAUCCAAA